AUGGAGAGGACUUCUCUGCCGGGGCCAUCAUCCAAGAAGUUAACCGCUCUUGUUGUCGAUGAUACACUGCUUACUCGAUUGAUUCACCGCAAUCUCUUGGCCGGUCAUGGCAUAAAAGCUCAGUUGGCGGAGAACGGCAAAGAAGCCGUUGAUUUCAUCCGUUCUGGACAACGCUUUGACCUGAUUUUGAUGGACAAGGAAAUGCCUGUCAUGGAUGGGACUGAGGCAACCAAAGAGCUUCGUAGUAUGGGAAUUCAUUGUUUUAUUGCUGGUUUAUCGGCAGUCUCAUCAGCGGGCGGCAAAGAAGAGUUCAAGCAAUCAGGAAUGGCACCAGCAAUUGAAGGAAUGGCACCGGGAAUUGAAUCAUCUAAGGGGAAUAACAAGAUGAGCAAAGGGUAUCAAUAUCCGAGCUGGAAGAAGAAGUUGAGAGGACUUGUGGUGGAUAAUGAAGAAUUGUGCCGAAUGGUUGAGAAGGGAAUUAUGGGUUUGUGUGGUGUGGAAACACAAGCUGUGGAAACUGGAGAGGCUGCAGUGGAGCUCAUUGCUUCUGGAGCAACUUUCGAUCUCAUUGUCAUUGACAUGAUUCUGCCUUCCAUGACUGGGCCUGAGACUGCUAGGAAGAUACGUGGCAUGGGCGUUGAAAGCAAGAUUUUAGGUCUUACUGGAUUGUAUUGUGAAAGAGAUGAAGAAGAAUUUGUUGCAGCUGGAGUUGACGUGUUCAUGGAAAAGCCACUAUCACCCAAUUGGUUGGUCCCCAUCCUAAGGGAGCUGGACAACUAGAUCCAUCAUCAAGGCUUCCAAACUAGAAGACCAUUCUCAUGCUAUCGUAACUCAAUUUAGUUUCCUUGUAAUGUUUUACUAUGCUGUUCUUUUGGGUUAAUAAUGUUGUAAUUUGUCAUGCACAAUUGAGGUACAAUUGUAGUAUUAGUGGCAAAUUGGCAACAGGAGGAGUACUAGAGAUGUUUGUCCCUGAAAACUCACGUGUUCUUGUCCUUGCCUUGGUUCUUUUAGAUGAGUAUAGAUCGUUG